GUCUGCAAGAUCAGUAAAGACAGAAGUCAAAGGAACACUCAAUGGGGAUGGCGAAUUUGGAGACUCAAGGGUUAAUGGAGGUGCGCUUCAACAUAAUGAUGCUGUUGCAAGUGUCGCAGCUGUACGACCCGGUCUUUGCCUGUCUGGCAGUAAGGAUCAGAGUAUUGUAUUGUAUGACUACAUCACGAGAAAGCAGUUGGAACGUUGGACAGGUCACACAGAUUCCAUCACUAAGGUCUGGUAUGGCUCCCGGUGCAGUGGUGUCUUCAGUGCUUCCCGAGACAAGACAGUCAAACUUUGGCGAGCAGGAAACCCUCACUGGGUGCAAGAAUAUGCAGGUCACUCACUAGUGGUCACUGCCAUACAUCUGAACUCUGAUAACACACAAUUGUGUAGCGGGUCCCGAGACAACUCUGUAAAAUUAUGGGAUGUGGAAACUGCCAAAUGCAUCAAGACCAACACCAUUCCACAGAAUUUGGUAACAGACGUGAAAUUUGUGCCGUGCUCUUCGUGGAUUGUUCAGACAGGAGAGGACAAAGAGGUCAGAGUGCUUGAUUCAAGGACACUUGAGCCAAUAUUUAGCUUCCCCAAGAAACAGUACAUUCAGACUUGCUGUGAUGUGAGUCCAGAUGGCAACUAUGUUAUCUCUGCUAGUAACGGCUUCACCGGAAAUGGCUGUGAAGGGUCGCUAUGGGACAUGCGGACCAGAAAACUGCAGCUAGAAUAUCGAGGUCACCAUGAAGCUGUUGAAAGUUGUCUAUUCCUUCCUGGCACACAGACGGAAGCUCUGCUGGCAUCUGCUUCUCGUGACUGCAGUGUCAAAGUUUGGUCCCAGGAUACUGGAGUUUGUGAAUGUGAGUACGUGGUCGACGGAGCAGGACCGCUGACAUCACUUGCAGCCUACCCGGACGGCACAAUCUUGGUUGGCUCAUUCAAGUGUGGUGUUCAAGUGCUGAAGUUCUCUAACAAGACCCUCAGUCCGGUCUUCAACUUCUAG